AUGGAUUCCAAUACCAGUCUGUCGCCGAUGCCCCCGGCUCCAACAAUUCCCGCUUCGCCAUCUGCAGGCGCAGGUCCGAGAAAACGGUCUAUCCAUGAAGUCGACGAUGCGGCCACCCCUUCUCCGAAUGCGAAGCGGACCUUGACGGAAUAUACGGCUGAGAAUCAGGAGAAUCGUGAUCCUUCACACUCCGAUGAGGCAGCUCCCUCGGUUGAUAACUUUAGGAAUAUGUUCCCGAGACCGACUGUUGAAAUUGUUGUGAGAAAGUCUUCUAGUGGACAGAACUCUCCGCAGUCCACUUCAAAUACUGAGCUUGAUCCUCCUGCUUCUAAAAAACGGUCGGCGACGUCGGCGAACAAAGAUGCGAAGCAACAAGAAAAGGAUGCUAAGGAGCGUCAGAAGCAAGAGGAGAAGGUGAAGAAAGAGGAAGAAAAAGUGAAGCGGGAAGAGGAAAAAGUGAAGAGGGAAGAGGAAAAGGCUAAGAGGGAAGAAGAAAAGCGAUUGAAGGCCGAGGAGAAGAAAAAGCGUGACGCUGAGCGUGACGAGGAGAAAAAGAAGCGGGAAGCUGAACGGGAGGAGGAGAAGAAACACCGUGAAGAGAAGAAAAAAGCCAAGGAGGAUGAGAAGGCUGCUAAGGAGGCCGCUAGAGAAGAAGAAAAGCGCAAGAAGGACGAAGAAAAGGAGAAGAAGGCUCGGUCACAAAUGCGGUUGAACUCCUUCUUCGCCAAACCCCCAACAGUCUCCACACCCUCGGGACAAAGCACCGUGACUGCUUCACCCAGUAAACCUUCGACUUUGAAUGAUACCAUUGAUGAAACGCCCCGGGACCAAAAAUCAGACUAUGAGCAGGCAUUUCCUACCUUCUUCUUGAAGUCACACACGACUUUGGCACCUCCUCAUCGCUUUGAGCGUGACACGGGAUCAUUGGAGCACGUACGCCAAACAGUUGAUAUGUGUCUGAAUGCCGAGAGUGCAGUACAACCGCAGUCAUUUCGCCCUUCCGAAGUUUUUAACAUGAUUCCAUUUCAUCGUAAGAGAGGUCAAGUGACCAACUGUGUCAAAGACAUUCUUUUACAACUACAAAAAGACCAGGAAGAUUCAACGCAUCAAAGCAGUACGAGGCCGGAGGAUCUUUUGCGCAAAGUAACUAUGAAGUCACUGAAGUUUGGCGAGGACAUACGCCCUCCCUAUCAGGGUACUUAUACUCGCCGUGUGUCCCCAUCAUCUGCGAAGAAACUCUCUCGAAACCCAUACUAUCGAGGCUUGCCGGAUACAGAUUACGAUUAUGACUCGGAGGCAGAGUGGGAAGAGCCCGAGGAGGGCGAAGAGCUGGACUCAGAAGAGGAAGAGGAAGGUAGUGAUGACGGCGAAGAUGAUCUUGACGGUUUCCUUGAUGACGAAGACGAUGCUCCUGCGGACGGCAAGCGCCGUUUAAUUGUUGGUGACCUGGAACCUGUAUGCAGCGGCAUUCAGUGGGCUGCCGAUGGAGUUGGUCCUGAGCUGGAGGUAUAUCAAGUUCAAACCAUCUCCGAUGCGGUCAAAUUUCCCAUCGACCCUUUUUCAACUGCAUACUGGGAGAAACCCAGGCCAGCACCGAUUGCAAAGGCCAACGUUGCUAGCUCCUCUGGUCCUGCAAAACUCAACUCUUUCCGCGUUCCUGCUGUCCCUGGUGGACCAGCGAGCACCGCUUUGCCCCCGAAUUCCAAAGCUAAGCGACCUUUCCCGCCGGAGCAACUUGGUGAAUUCAAGGAGACAGUUGAAGGAAACGAUCUUACCAAGAUCGGAUUGGUCGAGAUCUUAAAGAAGCGAUUCCCCAAGGUCUCCAAAGAGACAUUGAAGGCCACCAUCGACCUGGUUGCUGUUCGCGUGGGAGAUAAGGAGGCCGACAAGAAAUGGACAUGUCGGUGA